AUGUCCAGACACGUUCUGGCCGGGCUCUGGCGUGUGCGGGGCCGAGAGCCGGACUCGCACACGCUCACACCUUCGUCCCCCGUGAAGUUGCCACUUCAGACGUGGCACCGCGCUCCUGUCGCCGGCAGAGCCCACCGAGAGCGAACGAACAAAGCGAUGCUCGUGGCCCCGCCGGGCGCUGCGGGCCGGGGGCUGCGGGCCGGGCUCUCCCCGGCGGGGCAGCAGCACGUCGGGGGAAUCUACAAAGGACAUUGCUUCCGAAUCAACCACUUCCCUGAAGACAACGACUAUGACCAUGACAGCUCAGAAUACCUUCUCCGCAUUGUCCGUGCCUCCAGUGUGUUCCCCAUCCUAAGCACAAUAUUGCUGUUGCUGGGAGGACUCUGUGUCGGAGCAGGAAGGAUUUACAACAGCAAAAACAACAUUAUUCUCAGCGCUGGGAUUCUCUUUGUUGCAGCAGGACUAAGUAAUAUCAUAGGGAUCAUUGUCUACAUAUCAAGCAAUGCAGGUGACCCAAGUGACAAGCGAGAUGAGGACAAAAAGAACCAUUACAACUAUGGCUGGUCUUUUUAUUUUGGAGCCUUGUCUUUCAUUGUGGCCGAAACCAUAGGUGUUCUGGCUGUGAACAUUUAUAUUGAGAAGAACAAAGAGCUGAGGUUUAAGACCAAGAGAGAAUUCCUUAAGACUUCUUCCAGUUCUCCUUAUGCCAGGAUGCCAAGUUAUAGGUACAGGAGGCGGAGGUCCAGAUCCAGUUCUCGAUCUACAGAGCCUUCUCCAUCUAGAGACAUUUCUCCAGUUGGCAUGAAGAUAGCAAGCACCAUUCCCAUGAACGAAAUUUCCAUGUACACUCUUUCCAGAGAGCCUUUGAAGGUUACAACGGCUGCCAGCUACAACGCAGACCAAGAAGCCAGUUUUCUGCAGGUUCACAACUUCCUUCAGAAGGAAUUUAAGGAAGGACUCCAUGUCAACAUGGUCAACAGGAGAACGACACCUGUUUGA